UGUCAAGAAACAAGAAUGAGUUUAAACAAUGUUCCUUCAAAAUCGGAGGUGAUGGGAUGGAAUCCCAAAAAUCUGGCCAACUACAUGAGGAGGCUAAAAUUAUCCGGCUGUGACAAAUUGGUGAUAAAGAGCAGCAUAACUGGAGCAUGGUUCAUGGUAAGUGUGCAUGUAUCUCUGGAGGCCUUUAUACCUAUGUAAUAUUCGAAAUACUAUUCUACUAAUACUAUUCUUUAUUAAUAUUCGAAUUAUAUCAUCCAGCAAAUGACUGCAUGUGACCUUCAAGUAUUCCCCGGCCUUUAUGUCCCAAUAAUUACUAAGAUCCAAAAUGAAAUCAACAACGGGGAACAGAAGAGGACGUUUGGUCUUAAAUCGUUGGGAAAAAAGUCCCCCAAACAAGUAUUUGUACAGGAGGAAGAAGUUUGGGACUCUGAUGAGUUUGACAAUGACAGUGAUCAUGACUAUGAAGGACCGGACGAGGAGCAAAAGGACGACAGCUACAUCUGUGCUCUGACUGAGCUGCUAACAGCUGAGGAAGAAGACAGUGAUGAGAUCUAUGAAGACCACGAGAGGCCUUCCCCCACAGACAUCAUGAAGCCACAACGCCCUCCAAGAGGGGAUAAACUUCCUGACAGUCAGUACUUAGUUCCUGUUCCUGUUGAAAGGACUUCAAAACCUCCACAACCUUGUCCACCAAGAAUGAUGCAUACCCCUCAGAGACCUUCCAGAGCACCAGGUGACUCCAUCCAACCCACUCUGCACAUUGACAGGAGCAAGAAGCCUGGACAUUCUGGUCAGACAGACCUUACAAAAUCAAAGGGCAGUGCUGUCAAGGCUCCUUGCUCACCCACAAGCAAUAUCCCUAAACCAAGAGUCCCCAAACAUGCAGAUGUAUCCAACAGGGCAGGUAAACUCCUUCCAGCUCCUCCUGUGCCAAAACUGCCUGAUGAGAUUAACAAUUCAAUACCCCAACCAAGUAAGGGUUUGGAUCCCAGCUGGUAUGGAGGAAAGGUGACCAGACAUCAAGCGGAAGCUGCUCUCAGAGAGGUGAACAAGGAUGGGGCAUUUGUGGUAAGGGACAGCACCCAAGGGGCAGUUGAGCACCCCUACACCCUAAUGCUGCUGAAACAAGGCAAGGUUUACAACAUAAUGAUCCGUAGCCAAGGCAACUUCUUCUCUCUCGGCAAAAGCCACAAAGACACCAAGAGUUUCCCCGGGGUGAGGGAGAUGAUUACCCAUCACGCACACACCCCGCUGCUGCUCAUUGAUGCCACAGACCAAAGCUCUGAAGCGAAGAGCCAGUGCUGUCUGCUGCACCCUGCGGGACUCUGACCAGCACCAACACCAAGCUUAAUGU